GUUCCAUCUGAAUCCUCAUACAGAUAGCAUCAUGCCUGAGCCAGCAAAGCCCGCCCCGAAGAAGGGUUCCAAGAAAGCCGUGACAAAGACCACCGCUAAAGGAGGUAAGAAGCGCAGAAAGACCAGGAAGGAAAGCUAUGCCAUCUACGUGUACAAGGUCCUGAAGCAGGUCCAUCCCGACACCGGUAUUUCCUCCAAGGCCAUGGGUAUCAUGAACUCGUUCGUGAAUGACAUCUUCGAGCGUAUCGCUGGAGAGUCUUCCCGUUUGGCUCACUACAACAAGCGCUCCACCAUCACCUCCAGGGAGAUCCAGACUGCAGUACGUCUGCUUCUGCCCGGUGAGCUUGCUAAGCACGCCGUCUCUGAGGGAACCAAGGCCGUCACCAAGUACACCAGCUCCAAGUAAAGCGUUCAACGCUUUCUAACACAAAGGCUCUUUUAAGAGCCACCCACAUUGUCUUUGAAAAGCAACUUCAACAUUAUCAAAAUUGCCGCGUGUUUUCAGGAUAUUCCGUUAGAGUGGGGUAUGCUAUCUACUUUCGGAAAAUGAAAUAGCAGACUACAAUUAAACAGCAUUGCAAUAUCUAAACGAUGAAUCAUUUUGGCUGAAGUUUAAAAUGGAACAGCCUACCUAGUUUUGCAAUGUCACCAUACUAUGUGAGUAAGUGUAGAUGACUCUAUACAGUGUCCGCAACAAAAAAAGCAACCCCAACGCUUUCAGAUGUCUUUUUCGUUAACAACAGGCGUGUGGCAAGGAGUUGCAGAGUCUGUUUUAUUUUCUGUUUUUAUUUGAUGCGCAUGAAAGUAGACAUCACUGUGCACGUACAUUCUUUGCUGCUGUAGUGUGUAUGGUAUAUAGAGAAUUUAGCAGGAAAUAGAAACAGACCACUUAAUCUCGGUUAUUCUAGUGUCGGCCUUAAUUACGUCCUUCCUGAAGCCGGUCAUGCUUUUGACUUGUGUAGGAAAACCAGUGACGACCUCAAAGCAGCAAACCUAGUGGGUUUCAACCGUGCCUUCUACUAGGGGGCUAAACGUAAUGUAGGAUAGUAUAGCAUGUGCGUGGGCUAUUAUAUAGCGUGUGUACAACACUGGAGGAAAUUGGCCUUUUUCAGGAGUUAUUGAGGUGGCUCUUAAAAGAGCCUUUUGUUUUUCUUGACGUUGUCGGGAUCAACUUAAGCACGCUCCCCGCGGAUGCGACGGGCCAGCUGGAUGUCUUUGGGCAUGAUGGUCACCCUCUUGGCGUGGAUGGCGCACAGGUUGGUGUCCUCAAAUAGACCAACCAGGUACGCCUCGCUGGCCUCCU